AUGAGAAACCCUCCUACUGCGACGAGGCACUAGCCUCGAGCGGCUGCUGCUCGUUGCCGGAAAAAGCUCGGGGUCUACACUGCUACGGCGAACGACUGGGUGCACUCGUUCGCUGGCAGGGCUGCUCGAAUCGUCGCUAAGGGUCAACCUUCGACAGUCGCGCUUGGUCUCUUCAUCCGUCGGGAACUGAAGCUCUUCGCCGGCGUUUUCCCACUUUCGAUUGCACUAUCUCUGACGCCUGGUACUCGCCGGACUGGUGCUGCUCUCGCCGGAAAUCCCGUCGCUGAGGCUUGGUGCUCUUGCCGUCGGAUGGCCGGAGGUCAGAGUUUGAAGGGAUCGAGGCUCAGUCGGGCUAGAGGUUGGAGGUUGGAUCGCGGCUCGACGUCGGGAAUAGAUCCGCCGCUGUUGCUCAUUCUCGGUUCACCUACCUCGCGUCGCCGGUGGGGGGCUAAAUCUGUUGCAACUGCUCGAAAGAAUCGGGGAGAACUCCUCCCGUCGUUGCUGCAGAAUUGUGGAGAGAGAGAGAUCGGAGAGGGAGAGAAACCGAGAAUUUUGGGGAAACGCUGUUCGGGGCUCUCGGCAAAGGAUCGACGUGCUUUUCUUCUCGCCCGGGGCCCGAAAGGCCUGUUGUUCGUCGGAAAAGUCCCCGCUGCUUGUCGUAUAUUACAAUCGAGGCUGCUGCUGCUCGGAAUUGAAAUUGAUGGCUGCGCAAUAAGAGCCUCGAGCGGCUGCUGCUCGGCUGCUCGAAUCUUCGCUAAGGGCCAGCCUUCGACAGUCGCGCUUGGUCUCUUCAUCCGUCGGGAACUGAAGCUCUUCGCCGGCGUUUUCCCGCUUUCGAUUGCACUAUCUCUGACGCCUGGUACUCGCCGGACUGGUGCUGCUCUCGCCGGAAAUCCCGUCGCUGAGGCUUGGUGCUCUUGCCGUCGGAUGGCCGGAGGUCAGAGUUUGAAGGGAUCGAGGCUCAGUCGGGCUAGAGGUUGGAGGUUGGAUCGCGGCUCGACGUUGGGAAUAGAUCCGCCGCUGUUGCUCGUUCUCGGUUCACCUACCUCGCGUCGCCGGUUGUCUUCCGGCCGAAAGAAAUUUCGGACAGACGAUUGCUGCUCAAUCGAGAGGAUAUGA